AAACAUAAAUGUGUGCAUUUGCGGCUGUCAGUCGGAGAAGUUAAUGUCAGUGGCCCUGCCUCCUGUAAUAGCGUACCGUGCUGAACUUGACUGUACGCAGUCAGCGUAACGCUGCGGUUUGAGACGCGGACUCGGACUGGAUUCUUGCGUAGAGGUCGCCUGCGAAUUCGACCGCUUCAAAGUCAAAUUCUUUCACCGAAGAACCUCUCGGUGGCCACGGUUAUCAGCUGUGGCAGGUGUAGUAACACGAACCAAAUUUCACACAUCUUUACAUUGUUGUGUCAAAAACCAGAACCUUUGUGUUGCGGUGGGAUUUCUUUUUAAUCGGGACUAUGAAAGACGCAGGAACCGUCCAGUUUGGUCGUAAGCCUAAAAAUGGAGUUAACGGAUUUUACCGGGUGGCAGUUUAGUGUGGUUACACCGGGUUAGCUUUUGUUGCCGGGGCAAGAAAGCCAUUCACGUACGCUGAGCUGUGCUUCAAAAGCACAUUGCUGGGUAUUUAUCUUCUCUUGGCUAGUUGUGGUGCCCUCACAAUGACCUUGUGAGCCCUUUCACCCUGCCUGUUUGCUCAGAGUAGCUUAAGUUAUGUUUUAAGCUAACUCACCUUCAGCCACCAUUGAUAACAGCAGUCGGACAACAUCAAUUAACGGGCCACAAAGUCGCCGUGAAGAUCCUCAACAGACAGAAGAUCCGCAGUCUCGAUGUCGUGGGGAAAAUCAAGCGGGAGAUCCAGAACCUCAAACUGUUCAGACACCCCCACAUCAUCAAGCUCUACCAGGUAAUAAGUACACCAACAGAUUUCUUCAUGGUCAUGGAGUAUGUGUCUGGAGGAGAGCUGUUUGACUACAUCUGCAAAAACGGAAGGGUGGAGGACUCAGAAGCUCGCCGUCUUUUCCAGCAGAUCAUCUCAGCUGUGGACUACUGUCACAGGCACAUGGUGGUCCACAGAGACCUCAAGCCCGAGAACGUCUUGCUCGACGCCAACAAAAACGCCAAGAUUGCAGACUUUGGACUUUCAAACAUGAUGUCAGACGGAGAGUUCUUACGAACGAGCUGUGGGUCGCCCAACUAUGCAGCUCCAGAGGUCAUCUCAGGAAGGCUGUACGCAGGCCCAGAGGUGGACAUCUGGAGCUGUGGGGUGAUCCUGUACGCCCUGCUGUGUGGCACUCUGCCCUUUGACGACGAGCACGUCCCCACGCUGUUCAAGAAGAUCAGAGGAGGCGUCUUCUACAUCCCCGAGCACCUGAACCGCUCUGUGGCGUCGCUGCUCAUGCUCAUGCUGCAGGUGGAUCCACUUAAGAGAGCCACCAUCAAAGACAUCAGGGAACACGAGUGGUUUAAGAUGGACCUGCCGGGCUACCUGUUCCCAGAGGACCCGUCGUACGAUGCCACCGUGCUGGACGAAGACGCGGUCAGGGAAGUGUGUGAGAAGUUUGAAUGCACCGAGUCUGAAGUGGUCUCCAGUCUCUACAGCGGCGAUCCACAGGAUCAGUUAGCAGUAGCGUAUCACCUCAUCAUAGAUAACCGACGCAUCAUGACCCAGGCCAGCGAGUUCUACUUGGCCUCCAGUCCGCCGCAGGGCUCCUUCAUAGAAGAAGGCAUGCCGCUGCCCCCCGGCGUCAAACCCCACCCAGAGAGGAUGCCCCCGCUUCUGGCCGACAGCCCCAAAUCCCGUUGUCCUCUGGAUGCCCUGAACACAACCCGGCCCAAACCGCUCGCGGUGAAGAAAGCCAAAUGGCACCUGGGGAUCAGGAGUCAGAGCAGACCGUAUGACAUCAUGGCUGAGGUGUACAGAGCCAUGAAACAACUCAACUUUGACUGGAAGGUGGUGAACCCGUAUCAUCUGCGUGUCUGCCGGAAGAACGCGGUGACGGGAAAUCUGGUGAAAAUGAGCCUGCAGCUCUACCAGGUUGACAACAGAUCCUACCUCCUCGACUUCAAGAGCAUCGAUGACGACAUCAUGGAGGCGGUCGGCUUUAAAUCUGGGUCGUCCACCCCUCAGCGGUCGGGCUCCACCGCCGGCCUCCACAGACCCCGACUGAGCAUCGACUCGGCCAGCCCCGCCAUCGACCUGCCCCAGCUCAGCUCCUCCCUGCCGGGCUCGCUGUCCGGCAGCUCCCCACUGCUCGCCGCGCGUCAGGGCUCUCACACCAUGGACUUCUUCGAAAUGUGCGCCAGCCUCAUCACCACGCUGGCUCGCUGAGGACCUGCUAAAUCCCGAACUGCCUUGCUAACCCGGGAGUCAGCGGGGGUGAUGAGGGGUGAUGGCUGCAAAAUCUGAGGUCUUUCGACAAACUUGUGGAAGUCAGAGGAAAAAAUAAAAUAAAAUCAAAAUAA